AUGUAUGCCAAACCUUACUACCUGAGCGUCGAUGCGAUCCAAGUUAGCACCAAGAAGUUCGGGUACCAGCUCUGCCACAGCGUUGACACCAUCCUCAGCGGAGGCUGGCUUCCGCUCCUCGACAAGACCAAGACCGGCAAGAUCAUGCUUUACACCAACUUCGACAACUUCCUGCACUACGGUCAAGCAACUUGCUGCACCACUAUCUAUCGCCUUGGUGCAUACCGACAAGAGACGUGACC